AUGACUUGUAGGAAACAGUAUGUGGUUGCCAGACCCGCAUAUUGUGAGGACAGCUUUGCAGAAGAACACGAGAAAUUCUCCCGCUUGCACAAAACCAUGCUGGACCACGUCAAAGACUACCUGACCUGCGACAAAAAGAGGAUGAAGAACGUGGCGCUAUCCCUUCUUCCCGUUGUUGGCUGGAUGAGAACGUAUCGAAUCAGAGAGUGGAUGCUUGGGGAUGUGGUGUCGGGGGUCAGCACGGGCUUGGUGGCCAUCAUGCAAGGACUGGCCUUCUCUCUGCUGGCCUCGCUGCCUCCGAGCUACGGACUUUAUACGGCUUUCUUCCCAGCGCUUGCCUACUUCUUCCUCGGCACGUCCAGGCACAUAUCUGUCGGCUCAUUUCCUGUUCUCAGUUUGAUGGUGGGCGCUGUGGUGACCCGCCUGGUCCCAGAAAAUGCACCCCCAGCCAACAUCACAGACUUCGAAGGGCUUACACAGGACCACCAGAGGGUCCUGGUGGCCUCCUCUGUGACCUUCCUCAUGGGGAUUUUCCAGCUCGCCAUGGGCGUUCUCCGGGUGGGCUUUGUUGUUGUCUACCUGUCUGACACGUUGGUGUCUGGAUUCACCACAGCAGCUGCUGUUCACAUUCUGGUCUCUCAGCUCAAGUUUGUGUUGGGCUUGAACGUCCCGGGCAUCAGCGGUCCUCUUUCUAUCAUAUACACUUUGGAGAAAAUCUUUGGUCAGAUGGCCUCCUCCAAUGUGUGCGACGUGGUGAUGUCUAGCGUCAUCAUGGUGGUGGUGUUCAUCGUGAAGGAGCUCAGUGAGCGAUACAAAGCCAAGCUGCCCGUGCCUAUCCCAGUAGAGGUCAUCACGACAGUUGUAGCGUGCUCGGUGUCCUACGGAUUCAACUUUGAGAAGACAUACGAGGUUGAGGUUGUGGGCCAGAUGAUUAGCGGAUAUGAGUCUCCAAUCGCCCCAAGUGUGGAAGUCUUCCAGGAGAGUGCGAUGGAGGCCUUUCCUAUUGCCAUAGUGGGCUUUGCUGUGGCCUUUUCUGUGGCCAAAGUCUACUCCAUCAAACACGACUACACUAUCGAUGGCAACCAGGAGCUCAUUGCAUUUGGGGUUAGCAACAUAUUUGGUGCAAGCUUCCGCUCAUUCGCUGCCAGCACUGCCCUAUCCAGGACAGCCGUGCAGGAGAGCUCUGGGGGCAAAACACAGAUUGCAGGGCUCAUAUCAGCCAUGAUGGCGAUGAUUGUUACCGUGGCGCUUGGAUUCCUGCUGGAGCCGCUUCCCAAGUCUGUCCUCGGUGCUUUGGUCAUCGUCAACCUGAAGGGCAUGCUGAUGCAGCUCCGAGAAAUCUCACACCUGUGGAGGCGGGACAAAUUUGAAUGUGUAGUGUGGGUGGGCACGUGUCUGAGUGCCAUCUUGUUGGGACUGGAUCUUGGUCUGGCAGUUGGCUUGGGGGUGGAGCUUCUCACGGUGGUCUUCCGAACUCAAUUUCCACGCUGUUCUGUCUUGGCCAACAUCCCAGGAACUGACCUCUACAAGGAUCGCAAGGAUUACCUGCAUAUACUUGAACCCAAGGGAGUGAAAAUCUUCAGGAUACCCUCUCCCAUCUUCUUUGCCAAUAUCGAGUUUUUCCGGGACAAGCUUCUCGAGGCUGUUGGAUUUAACCCUCUGAGGAUUCUGAGAAAGCGGAACAAGGCUCUGAAAAAAAUGAAGAACCUGUUUGAGAAGCAGGGAGAUACAAUGAUGGAGGAGAACAUGGAUAUGUUUUCAAAGGACCCCAAAGGCUUUCCAUUCCAUGUGGACUGGAACGCCGAACUUCCUGCCAACAUCAGUGUUCCGAAAGUGGGACUCCACAGCCUGAUCCUGGAUUUUUCCGCGGUCUCCUUCCUGGACAUCUCAGCUCUCAAGGGGCUCAAAAUGGCACUCAAAGAGUUUAUACGUGUUGACGUGGAUGUCUACAUUGCGUCAUGUGAUGCGUGCAUUCUGGACAAACUCAAGAGCUGCACGUUCUUUGACGAUGACGUUCACACUUCCAUGUUCUACCCGACCAUCCAUGACGCCAUGCUGCAUGUGUUCAACAAACACAACACUGAAACAAGAACAAAGUGGGUGGUAAGUAAAAAACAAAACAAAACAAAACAAAACAAAGAUACUACCCUCCUGUGAGGAAAUAUAAUUAUAAUUUAAAUAAUUUACGUCAGAAUAUGAUGGACGCACCUGUCAUCAGGAAAUGAAAAGAACACUCACAAGUUUAAAUGUAUG